AUGGCGGAUACCGAGCUAGUGGUAACGGACCGUUACUCCAUCCACCGUAAUCUGGCGACUGUGUAUGGCACGUUUAUCGUCAGCUUGGGGAUCGCCUUUCCUUUAACUGCGGCUUUCGUACGUGGUAGUGGUUUCAACGAUGCGCUCUACGUGGAGGUUUUCAAUGGAUAUCUGUACCUGGCCUCUGUAGCAGCUCUACUUUACGUUUUCCUUUAUUUGUUGCGCGGAUCAAAAGACAACAUCCAAAAAUCAAGCGACCAUCAGAAACCAGCUGACAUACCAUUGGAACCAACCAACGGAAGCGAAAAUGGACAUCAAUGUGCACCGCUAGAUGGAGCCGUAACUUCACUCUCUGCAAAGGUCUUCUAUGACAAGCCUAGGGUGCAUUACGGCGGAGAGGGCAUUACUCUUUACCUUAGGAUUGCUGCAGUCGUCUUCGCCCUCGGGGCAUUGCUGUAUGACGGGUUCAGUAUAGCCGAAUACGUCCAGGAGAAAGUCUACGGUUGCGUGUCCAAUGUUCCCAUUGUGUCCUCAGCCGUACACUGCCUGUUUCUCGCUGUGCAAACUGUGUUCAUUGUCCGCUAUCAUAAGAUUGUUGUAACAGCAAAGACACGAUUGGCAAACAAAGUCUUCAUGCACCUGAUGGUCACCAAUAUUUGCGUCUUCUUUGCCUACUCCGCAAUGGACACUGCAGAAGAUUUCGGCGAAUCAUCGAAAGACAGCGAGGAAAACUCAACCGAAACAUCAGAAACCAUCGAGGCCAAAUGUCGUUCCAUAAAGAUUAUCUUCGAUCAAGCCUCGCCAUAUUUAUAUCCAUUUGUGUUAGAGUACAGCGUUAUUGGAGCCACUCUCAUGUACAUCAUAUUCACAAGCAUCGGUGCCCCAGCGGAAAACUCAUCCGAAGACCAUGAAGGCCGCAGAACACUGAAAACAUCGUUCAAGCAUUCUUGGCAGAGGCCCUCCUCAAUUGGCGCUCUCUUAGGAGUCUCUAUUGCUAUGGUUACAUUUGCGGUUCUCGUUUACUUUCUAAUCUCUCUUGACAAUGGCGAGAACUCUGAGUCGGAAAACAGCGAGCUUGCUUAUACUCUGUAUCUUUGUCUGGAGAUAUUUCUGCUCUUGGUGAAUUCAAUCACAGUGUUGGUGGCGUUGCGUUAUAUGAGAAAUGCAGUUUAUCUAGGAAUGGAAACCGACACAGUGGAUGACAAUCUUUUAUUUAUGGCAACAUUUGGAGCUUAUCUGCAGUAUACUUUUAUCGCCAUGCCAAACAUUUGGUAUAUUAGUCAAGGACACCCCGAUCACUUGAAUGCCAUUUUGGCUCUACUUCUCGUUGUUUUGGGGUUAAUCCAGGCAACUUUACAAACGGCAUUCCUAGCCGACAAUGACCGUCGUGACCCGGAAGUAAUUCCCUCCGGAAGAAGUGUUGUGCACGCGAAGGGGCGGGGUCUGCUGGUUUUUCUUAUAAUAUGUAAUCUGAGCCUGUGGCUCUGCAGCACAUUUGGUCUUAAAAAGGCAGAAGAACAUAAAUUGUUCCAUUCAUUUUACGGAGAACUUCCAUGGAAGAUAGUUCACAAUCUAACGGCGCCCAUUAUUAUUUUCUUCAGAAUUCAUUCCGCAGCAGUGAUGUCUGUAUGUUGGACAAAGGCGCACGAAAAACAAGACUAAUUGCGGGAUUAAGUCACAGUUAAAAGAAAAACACGUCCAUUUCAUAGAAUGCAGGAUAUAUUGUGGGAUGUUAAAUACAUAAAUCCAGUACACAAACAACAUUGUUGAAAGUCAAACGGUUCGGUUGGUGUUUCAGCCCGGGAUACAAAUCAUUGUGAACAAUUUUCAAAACAGUUCCCUGUUAGUUAGAUCCAUAGUCUACUUAGCUUAUCUGGAGAUUAAUUGGAAUUUCAGCUGUAAAUUCUUUGGAGUGUAGUUGUCUUAUAAAUUGACAAGUAAAUAAAUAAGUUGUAAAAAAAUAAAUAAAGUGAGGUACAUGCACACAAUAUAUCACUUAUUUCAG